AUGAGGGCCAUCAACGAGGCAAGAGCAAAUCCUCAGCUAGAGGAAGAAGAAGUUGAAGAAGACGAGUUUGUAAGAGAAGAAAUUGAAAAUGAGGCACGCUCCCAAUCAUUAGAAAGCGCUUCCAUACAAAAAAGACGCAAGAAAUCUGGAGGACCAGCUCAACCAGAUUCUCCGGUACAGCCAGAAUCUCCAGGGACUGACGGUUAUGUCCAAGAAACAGAGCAAUCGAGUACGAGUUCAAGCCAAUCGAGAAGAGCAUCGGAGGAAUCUGAGCAAAAUUCACGGCGUAUAAAACGCAUCAAAAAAGUAAAAAGCGACCAGACUGAGGAUGAUGAGACAGAAGAAUCAAACAGUUCAAAAUCGAACCAAUCGAAGAGUGCAUCAGAACAGUCUGAAGAAAAUUCACGUCGUAUAAGACGCAUCAAAAAAGUCAAAGGCGAUCAGACUGAGAAUGAUGAAACAGAAGAAUCGAACAGUUCAAAAUCGAACCAAUCGAAGAGUGCAUCAGAACAGUCUGAAGAAAAUUCACGUCGUAUAAGACGCAUCAAAAAAGUCAAAGGCGAUCAGACUGAGAAUGAUGAAACAGAAGAAUCGAACAGUUCAAAAUCGAAGCAAUCGAAGAGUGCAUCAGAACAGUCUGAAGAAAAUUCACGGCGUAUAAGACGCAUCAAAAAAGUCAAAGGCGAUCAGACUGAGGAUGAUGAGACAGAAGAAUCGAACAGUUCAAAAUCGAAGCAAUCGCAGAGUGCAUCAGAACAGUCUGAAGAAAAUUCAAGACGCAUAAAGCGCAUCAAAAAAGUCAAAGGAAAGUCAGAUCAAGACGACGAUGAUCAACCCGGUCAACCCGGACAUCCUAAAGAUAAAAAGCCUUGCCAUAAAGGUGGACCCGGAAAACCAGGACAGCCAGGCCAACCAGCCACACCAG